AUGGCUCCCGCUCCUAUCGACCCCGUCAUUGUUGACGUCGCGCAGCCCAAGAAGGAUACUCUACCAAUCCCCGCCCCGGCCCGAGAGCGACUGUUGAAGGCGGGCAUUGACCUGUCCAACGGCUACCCAUACAGGCCUUCCAGGCCUCUAUACCUGCAGGACGUUUACAAGAUCCGAAGUGCUGACAGGAAACAUGUCGAUGCUGGAGCCAGGGCAGACAAAUCCAAGAAAAAUCUGUUUGCCGCUGCGACCAAGGUCACGGACCUGACAGCCAACAUUGGGACCGAGAUCGAGGGGCUGCAGCUGAAAGACCUCACCCCUGAGCAACGAGACGAACUGGCCCUGUUAAUUGCGGAGCGAAGCGUUGUAUUUUUCAGAAACCAGGAUAUUUCGCCCCAACAGCAGAAGGAGCUGGGAGAAUGGUAUGGGGAGAUCGAGAUUCACCCUCAAGUUCCGCAAGUUCCCGGAGUCGCUGGUGUGACCGUCAUCUGGCCGGAUCUCCAGGCUACGGAGAGACCAGCAAACUUCCGGAAUCCAGGAGGCGCAUCCCGCUGGCAUACAGAUCUUGUACACGAGCAUCAGCCUGCCGGCAUUACUCACUUACACAAUGACACGGUACCGCCAGUGGGAGGAGACACCCUCUGGGCUAGUGGAUAUGGAGCCUAUGAAAAGCUUUCUCCCAACUUCCGCAAGAUUAUCGACGGCAAAUACGCCGUCUAUCGAUCUGCCCACCCGUACCUGGACCGCAACGAUCCUGAAGCAGGACCCAAAUAUGUUGAACGUACUCACCCAUUGGUGCGAGUUCAUCCAGCCACGGGAUGGAAGGCCCUCUGGGUCAACCGAGCCAUGACCGACCGCAUCGUUGGCUUUGAUAAGGCAGAAAGUGACCUUAUCCUCAACUACCUGUUUGACGUUUAUGAGAAAAACGUGGACAUCCAGCUCCGAUGGAAGUGGACCCCAGGCACGUCGGUUCUGUGGGAUAAUCGCAGAAUCACCAUCCACAAUGCCAGCUGGGACUACGCUGGGAAACACCCGAGACACGGAACGCGAGUCACAUCGCUGGCCGAGAAGCCGUUCUUCGACCCCAAGGCGCCAACAAGGCGACAGGCACUGGGUCUGCUGGACGAGAGUGAGAAGGAGGAGCUUGGACCGGAUUCAACCUCCGAAAAACUGAAUGACUUUUCCUUGUAA